AUGGGUCUUGGCCAGGAAAUAGUUGACAAUAUAGGUGCUGUGGUUUGGCACGUUGUUGUGAUGAAGUUUCUACGUGUCCUUGAUGUUGCUUCGGCAGUGCGCAACCCUCCUUUUCAGUCUUUUGAGUACUUAAAAGUAGAAAGCUGCAUUCACAGUAGUCCUGGCAAGUACGAAUUCAUGGUGGAUAAUGCCUCUGACGUCAAAGAAGACAAUGAGCAUGGUUUUGAUCCUGGACUUGCUCAUGCGUGCCUUCUUGGGGUGGAGUGUGCCACUCCAAACUCUGCCUUUUUGUCUCAGGGUCAUACUCAAAAAUCCAUGACUCAUCACCGGUUCCACUAUACUGUGAAAUUUAAAAUUUAUAUAUUUUAUAUUGAAUUUGAUGGCUUGGCAAAUUUAAUAUUUUAUUUUCUUUACAGAAAGGGCAGAAAUUCAAAUCAAGUUGUAAACAAAUGGAAAAAAAUUUUGCCAGAAACAUUAGUCAAUGAAAAUAGUUCAGCAGACAACUUAAAAGAAAAACAAAAAAGUAGUCCAAAGACAGCCUCAAAAUUUUAUUCAAAAGAUAAAAACACAUCUCAAUUAAUAAUUGACGCAGGGCAGAAAGAAUUAGGAGCAAAACAUUGUCCUUCCUGCAAUAUGUUAUACACUUCUGGUGAUCAAGAUGAUGAAAGAACACACAAAAAAUAUCACAAUUCCUAUUUGGCAAAAUUAAAUUUUCUAGGAUGGAAAAAAGAACGUGUUCUUGGAGAGUUUUCUGAUGGAAGAAUAAUAAUGGUUUUACCGUCAGAUCCAAAAUAUAUGAUGAAAAAAUUGAAAACUAUAGAACAGAUUAUAGACAGGUAA